AUGCAGUCUGGUUUCCGUGCUGGUCAUGGCUGCCCCACGGCUACCCUAAAGGUUCUGAAUGACAUCAUAGCCGCCAUUGAUAAAAAGCAAUACUGCGCAGCCGUUUACAUCGACCUGUCCAAGGCUUUUGAUUCGGUUAAUCACUGUGUUCUCAUCAGCCGGCUCAAUAGCCUGGGCUUCUCCCAUGAUUGCCUUGCCUGGUUUUCCAACUAUCUCUCCGACAGGGUCCAGCGUGUUAAAUCGGAGGGCUUGUUGUCGGGACCCAUGCCUGUCUCUAUGGGGGUACCACAGGGCUCGAUUCUCGGGCCGACUCUAUUCUCCCUCUACAUCAAUGAUGUGGCUCUUGCUGCUGGUGACUCUCAGAUUCAUCUUUAUGCAGAUGAUACCAUCCUGUACACGUCAGGCCCUUCGGCCUCUUUUACUUAUGCUGCCAAACUGGCUUUGGUGAAAAUGACUAUCAUUCCAAUGUUUGACUUUGAUGGUGAUUCUUACUGGCCUUUAUCUCUGAAACAUUUUCCAGAGAACGCAGCACUAUGGGGCAAAUCUAGUCAGUCUUCAACUUUAACCUGUAGCCCUGAAUUGGCUCUUGAUGGAGUGUUAAGCACCUUUAGCCACACUAACGAAGAGACCGACCCGUGGUGGAGAGUGGAUCUACUGAAGGUGUACAGAGUGAACAGGGUCAUCAUCACUAAUAGACCGAACCAUGGCUUGAGGAUUAACGGAGCGGUGAUUCGUAUCGGGAACUUCCUUGACAUUUACAGCAACACCAUAUGUGCUGUAAUUUCUACUCUAGCGGACGGUGCUACAGCCACUUUCUCAUGCGGUGGGAUGGAGGGACGUUAUAUGAUUGUUCAUAUUCCUGGAUAUAAGAAGAUUCUUAGUCUUAGUGAAGUUGGCGUUUAUGGGUAUUUGGCAGGAAAUCUGGCAGUGGAUGGAGCCACUACACAGUCAUCAACAUUUACAAGCUGGUUUGCUGAAAAGGCCAUUGACAGUAAUCGAGGUCUCCAGCAGAAUACGUCAUGCUCGUCAACCCUUGAUGAGACUAACCCGUGGUGGAGGCUGGAUCUGCGUGAUGUCUACAAAAUUAGUGAAGUGGUCAUCACUAACAGAAACGACUGCUGUGCAGAACAAAUAAACGGAGCGGAGAUUCACAUCGGGAACUCUUUGGAGAUCAACGGCAACAACAAUCCCAUAUGUGCUGUUAUUCCUGCUAUUCCAGCAGGUGAGUCCUACAGCUACUCGUGCGGUGGGAUGGAGGGACGUUACCUGAAUCUGAUCAUUCCUGGAGACGUGAAGACACUCAUUCUGUGUGAGGUGGAGGUCUAUGGAGAAGUUCUCGUUUUAAAAAGAUCAUUUGUAAAGAUGCAGUUUAACUCCAGAGUUGAUUUAACUGACCCUUCGGUGAGAGAAAAUGUUCUUAAACAGCUGGGAUCAGCUCUGGCUGAUAGAGGACUCACAAACGUGACUCUACGUUGGUCUCAGACCCCUAAGCAGGUGAUCCAGAAGGUGAAUGCUGGUAAAAGUUACUGUGGCAAUGGAAAAUAA